AAGCAGGAAGUAGCAGCAGCAACAACAACAGCAGAAGCAGCAGAGACAGUAGAUCAUCUUUAAUCGACCCCGUCGGGAAGUGGGAGAACAACUCCGCGAAACACUCCGUAAGAGAAGGAGAAGCACAUGCGGGAGCUCUGAGGUCACUGCAGCCAUAAUGAGUCGUAGUCGGAACCCUCCACAAAAAGGCCAAGGAGCCGCCCGGGCUAAACAGAUGGGAUUGCUCCUCGACCUGUCCCCAGAUGGUGGGCUGGAUGACUCUGGGGGAAAUGAGGAGGAGUUAGAGGCAGAGCUUCUAGCUUUGAUAGGCGGGGGAGGCGGAGGGGGUCCUCCUGGAAAGAAAGGAGGUGGCAAAGCUCCGGUGCCCAUGGACGACAUAGAGCGCAUGGCUGCUCUGUGUAUGAAGGACCUGGAUGAGGACGGAGAUGAAGACGGCGACCUGGAGAAUGACUCUGAUCUGCUGGCCGAGCUGAAUGAAGUAUUGGAGGAUGAUGAAGGGGAAGUCAUCACUAAACCAGUGCCUCCUCCCACCUCUGCUCAACGCUCUAAUGUACCACCCAAAUCCACCCCCACUACCCCAAGUGGUCCGGCUGGGUUGGAGUCCCGCCUGCAGGAGCGCUUUGAAAUGUACCAGACAGCCAUUAAUAAUGCCAAAGCGGCAGGGGAGACCAGCAAAGUUCGUAGAUAUGAUCGAGGACUCAAGACACUGCAGUCGAUGCUGACUUCUGUGAAAAAGGGAAAGCCCAUCAAUGAGGAGGAAAUCCCACCCCCUGUUGCCAUUGGUGGCAAGCCCACACCUGGGUCACAGACAGAACCAGUUAGAGAGCAAGAACAGCCAGCACCAGAAUACACACCACCGCUGCCAACCAAUCAGAAGCCACAGCAGGAAUCAAGACCAGUAGCCCCGCCCAAACCUCAGCUCCUACAGCCGCCCAAUCAGAAACCAAUGGCUAGAACUCCAGAUACGCCAGCUAUAUCACCUUUAACCCCCAGCCAACCAAACGCCCAGUAUUCAGAGCUGAAGGCGAGUGUACUGAGCAGACAGAGAGAGUAUAAACUGGCCGCUAUUCAGGCCAAACAGAGUGGAGACACAGAACUGGCCAAACAACACUACCUCAUCGCCAAGAGACUGGACUCUCUGGUGGAAGCAGUUGACAGAGGAGAGCCGAUAGACGCCGCCUCAUUGCCUCCCCCUCCUGGAGAUGUCGUAGUUCAGAGAUGUCCUCCUCCUCCACCUCUUCUGGUGUCAUCCACUAAACAAGCCGCUGCUCCUCCACCCUCUGAUUCUCCAGCUGCUAAUACCCCUCUUCCUGCUCCCCGUAACCUUGGCGAGGCCCUGCAGCAGCGCAUGGACAUAUACAAGAAUGCAUCCGAGACAGCCAAGAGCAAAGGAGAUGACCGCAAAGCACGCAUGCACCAGCGCAUCGUCAAGCAAUACCAAGAUGCCAUCAGGGCUCACAAGGCCGGACGCCCUGUCAGUCUGGCAGAGCUCCCUGUUCCACCAGGCUGUCCUCCUCUGCAAGGCUCCGAAAGCGGCGAACAAAACUUCAUGGGCGUCCUGGAAACAGCUGCCAAACUGGCCAAACAGGAUGCAGAGGAUGAGGACGAAGAUGAGGGAGUGGCGAAGUCGGCUGCCCAUCCAGCUGUUCAGAAAGCUCGAGCUCCAGCCCCCCCACAGUCUUCCUCACCUGCAGUGACCCCUACAGCCUCAACUGGCGCUCCUAAACUGGGACCCAAAGCCCAGCAGCAGCUGGACUUCCUGCAGAACCGGCGGCAGCAGUUUGUAAAGGCGGCUCUGCGCUCCAAACAGAUGAAGGACGUUCAGGGAGCUGCUCAGCAUCUCCGCAACGCAAAGGGCCUGGACCAGAUGAUCACUGCCGCAAAAGCAGGCCUGCCUGUGGACAUCAGCAAGGUGCCCGCUGCCCCGGUCAGUGAGGAGGACUACGUGCUCUCUCGCUCCUCUCCUCUUUCUCCUCGCUCAAUCCAGCAGUACACUCAGCUCAUGGAUCUCCUCAAACAGCAGCACGAGAAAUGUCUGAGCUUCUCUCAGCAGUUCACUCAUAUGGGAAACGUGGCUGAGACUGCAAGGUUUGAGAAGCUGGCAGAAGAGUGUAUGAGGAAUAUUGAGACGCUGAAGAAAGCCCACGCUAAAGGCCUUCCUGUACCGAGCUACCACACAGAGGAGCGCACCUUCAGCACAGUCAAGAUCUUCCCCAACCUGACUGCUAACGACAUGGUGCUGACAGUCGUCAAAGGAAUCAAUCUGCCAACGCCUCCAGGAGUCUCAGCUAAUGAUUUAGAUGCCAGCGUCCGCUUUGAGUUUCCCUUCCCCAGUGCGGAAGAAGCUCAGAGAGACAAAACCAGCACUGUGAAAAACACCAACUGCCCAGAGUUUAAGGAGCAGUUUCAGCUGAACAUUAACAGAACUCAUCGAGGUUUUAAGAGAGUGGUGCAGACCAAAGGAAUCAAGUUUGAGGUCAUACAUAAAGGUGGUCUGUUUAAGACGGAUAAAGUGGUGGGAAAUGCUCAGCUGAAACUGGAAGCGCUGGAGAAUCAGUGUGAGGUCAGAGAGAUUAUAGAGGUGCUGGAUGGGCGGAAGGCAACAGGCGGUAAGCUGGAAGUUCGCGUGAGGAUUCGGGAGCCGUUGGGCGGAGUUCAGCUCCAGUCACUGACGGAGAAAUGGAUCGUCCUUGACCCCCUCACCAUCACACCAGACAAAGAGAGACACAGAGAGAGAGACCGAGAGAGAAAUAGGGCUCCUUCACCUAAAUCUAAACCCCGAAAUGAUCACGGAAAGAGCAGCCAACCCAGUCACUCCCCUCCUCAGUACAGACUCCACAGCUUCAGCCUCCUCAACUACGACAAAGAGAGAUUUCAGAGAAAGAUUGCAGAAUAUAAUAAAAAUAGACGUGAACCACCACCAGAUCUGGUAAACCAGUAUAAGGAGGUCUGUCACAGGCUUCACUGGCAGAAAUCCUACCUGGAGAGAGGAUCAUCAGCAGCGCUCGCAGAGUAUGACAGUGUGUUGAAGAAGUUUGCUAAUGGCCUCAGGGACUCCGUGAAGAAGUUUUCUGAUGAAGGCAACAGAGAUGCAGCCAAAGAUGCUCUGGGCAGGCUCAAAAUGGUAGAGGCUGAGAUGGAAUCUCUCCGAAAAAGACGUGCUGUGUGAGCGUUUAUGGGAGAUGAAAUUGCACUGUAGGCUCAAAAACUGUUCUCUCACACACACAUACACAGUCAGAAACAAAACAAAUGGUGCAGCCUCAGCUGCCUUCAUCUGCGGAUCAUAUUCAUGAGCUUCAUUACGGUCAUUAUGGUCAGAAAUGGUAUUGCAUCAUAAUGGAUGGUUCGCCUGUAAUGUCAUAAUGGGUUUCAUCACUGUCAUCAGAAAACCCUGUAAGUCAUUAAUCAUUAUGCUCAGAAAUAUCAUUACGGCAUUAUGGAUAGUUCCCCUGUGAUGUCAUAAUGGAUGACUCCCCUGUGAUGUCAUAAUGGAUUAAUAUCCUGUGAUAUAAUGGAUAGCUCCCUGGUGAUGUCAUAAUAAUUGAUUUCCUUACAAUGUCAUAAUGGAUGAUUCUCCUUGUGAUAUCAUAAUGGAUUUCAUCACUGAAUUAAGAACAUUUAAUUUUUAUUUUACUUUAUUUUUUUUAACUAUGUUUAUACCAUUUUGAAAACACCGGCUUCCCUAUUUAGUGCAUGAAGAUUUUAUGACGAAUGGGCUGAUAGAAAAUUGGAAAAGUGAACGUUUCAAAUGUUUUAUAUUUCAUUACAUUAAAAGGUGUUUACUCUCCUGUGAAGUGACCACUGCAGAGAGAAGAGUUUCUUAUGACCGUGACAGAAUGAUUGUAUGAUCCUAGAUCAGCUGUUGAUCUCUGAGAGGUUUCAUACACACAGGCACUAUUUAUGAGACGCGAUACUCCUGAGGUCAUGUAUGAAUGUAUGAGCAAACUUACUAAACACUACAGUGCUGCAGAAAACACUCCAUUAGUGCUGCUUCUCUCUCGCUCGCUCUCGCUCUCUCUCUCUCUCUCUCUCUCUCUCUCGCGCGCGCUCUCGCUCUCUCUCGCGCUCGCUCUUUCUCUCUCUCGCUCGCUCUCUCUCUCUCUGUCUCUCUCUUUUUCUCGCUCUCUCUCUCUCUCGCUCUCUCUGUCUCCAUCUCCAUCCCGAGUGCCAAAUGUAAUCAUAUCGCCACUGAACAAAACCUCGUAUUUCAGUUUUUGACAAUGUCUUUUACAUUGUGUGUAAAUUUCAUGAUGAAUGGACUAAAAGAAACGGCCCAAAAUGGCUUGGGAAAAAAUUCUGGUUCCAUUGAUUUAAAAGUAGAGUAUGUUUUUUUUCCUUCUCCUGUAAAGUUACCAUUUUGGAGAUACGAGAUUUUGUCCCGACAGCAGCGAUAUGCUUGUGUGUAUGAGUUAGAUGUCUGCACAGACAUGAAAUCGAAGCCUGACCCCGACCCGAAUCUGGGACUUUAAGACUCAAAACCAGCAACCUACGCUUGUCUCGUGUCUCCUGAGUUUCUAAAUGUAAGGCUGAUGUUGGUAAAGUAGCGGAAAAUCUGAAAAAGUAACUUUUCUUUGAGGACUAUUUUGCCUCUUUGACAUAAAAAAAAAAAUUUUAGGUAAAAAAAAAAAAAUCUCAAAACUCGUAAAACGAAGUCUCGGACGUCUAUUCUACCCCACUGAGAGCCAUUCUCACUUGGCAGGUUCCUCUAGAAUUUCACAACAGACCACUCUGAAUGACUUUGUUUACAUCGAAACCUUCUAAUUAUGCAGAAACAUUAAAAAUAGAAGACAUCCUUAACAAAGAAGGGAAAGAUCUGCUCUGAUCCACUGUCAUCCACUAUGAUCCUUCCACCACCCCAACACAACCCCCUCAUCAAUCAUAGUGACGGAGGCCAAUAUACUUCAUCCACAGUUUCUACCCGUGGCUCGUUCAUCCUCUUCUCAAACUCCAGGGCUGCCCCGAACGCAGAUUUAGAUUAUGAUAUUAUGUAGAAAUUCAUGUAGACACAAUCUCUAAAGUAAAACGCAAAUCCAGAUCAUAAAAUAAGAUUAUACAACAAACCCAAGCCUGAUGUUGGACAUACAAUAUCUCAGUAUUUCGGGUUGGGUAGCAGGCUUCGUGUGUGUGUGUGUGUGUGUGUGUGUGUGUGUGUGUGUGUGUGCGCGCUGUAAAUCCUCCGAGAGACUCGUUUGAAUGAUAGCAAUUUAAGUGUAAUCUGGCCUCUGCAGUAGUCUCACUCACUGCAGCUUAAUCCAACCUCGAACGCCCGGACUGCUGUGAUAGGCGUCUAAUGCCAACACCCUGGGGUGAAAUUAAAGAGGCUGUGCAUGUGUUUUGAGGGGGCAAGUAACGGGGGGGAGGGGGAUCAAGUCCCUUAAUAAUCAGGGAUUAACCCCCCCCCCCCCCCACCGUCUGGUUGCCCGGGUGACCUUUGGUUGACAGGGGUGUUGUAGGGGUCUGUGGAGGGAGAGAACAGGGGGCUUCAAGACGGUAGAAGAACAGAUGGGUAGAAUCUGAAAGAGAGCGUAAACUCUUUGUUUGAUAUGCCGAGCGAGAGAGGUAGAGAGUGAGUGAGUGAGUGAGAGAGAGAGAGAGAGAGUUUGCGUAUUCAUUGUGUACUUUGCUCUUACUGACAAUAACAGUCCAGCAGCAGCACUUUUAACCCUUUACACUGCAGGAUUAUUGUGCAGUUGUUUAUUAUAAGGCUUAUUGUUCAGUAACGGCUAUAAAUGCUGUCCAGGCUCCGCCCACAAACACGCUCUUUGGAAGCUGUUAAGUUGAGCAAGCUUUACAGAAAUCCCAUUCAGCACAGUAAGAAACCGUAGCACAUGGUCAGCCGUCUGCACGGGCAAAUUCCAUGUUUUUGGUGAUGCUGUGCAAAUGAGUUACCACAUCAUCUUCUGUGAACACACUUCUGCACAUUUUAAGGCACAGUUAAUGUUUGUUUGCUGAAUUUAACACAUUGGGGGGAAAGAUUUUGACAAAAUCCUGUGGCCUGUGCAAACGUUAUGGCACUUUUUGAUGCUUAUGUUUCUCCCGUGUGUUAAACUCUGCAUAUAAAUAGAAAUUGUGCUCUAAAGUUUGCAGGAAAAUGACAUGUUUACAUGUGUUCGCCGAAGAGCACGUGUUGCCUUGUUUUAACUUAGAAAAUCAACCAAAUUUGUCGUUUGACAGCGACUUUGCACACGACUGUAUCGUAGAAAACAAUUUCCUCACCUUUCUGACAAAAAGAAUUUGAUGUAGUAUGUAAGCAUUUUAAUAGGUUGACGACGCACCAGUCCACACAAUGCAUAUAUGGAAACAAGACUGGGAAGACAACCUGUUUUGAUUAGACUGUUUUUAUGAUGUCACAAAAAAAAACAUCGCAUUUACAUGUACCUACCUAUUCAGCCUACGGCAGGUUAGCCCCACCCAUUCACACUGAAGUUGUAAGGAGCGUUCACUCGUUCCUUUAAAAAAAGCUGCAUAAAUAAUCGAUUGAGGCCGAUGUUCAUAUGUUAAAAAUGGUCUGGAACCUGACCAGAAUCGUCAGUCCGACCUGCAUUUAAAGUGUCUUAUAAUUUCAGGUUAUUUUAAUUUUGUUUGCCUGUAAAAAGUCACAUUGUUAGCUCUGAUCUAACCUCAUGCUGGAAAUGGCGUGUUUUGUGGUGUAUUUGAGCUAACAUCAGUACAGUGACCAACCUUUUCCAACCUGGCUGGAUAGCUGAUGAGAUGAUUCGCCAAAGCAACACAGGCUAGCUUGGUGGCAGUUGUAGUGGUUGGUUAGUGUAGUGGGUAACACCUCUGCCUUCUAGGCUGUGGACUGGGGUUCAAUCCCUCACCUGGACAGGCGCCCUACACUACACCAAUAAGAGUCCUUGGGCAAGACUCCUAACACCACCUUCGCCUACCUGUGUGAGAAAUGAUCCAAUUGUAAGUCGAUCUGGAGAAGAGCGUCAGCCAAAUGCCGUAAAUGUAGCGUAGCAUUUUAAACUUGACACUCAGUGUUGUGUAGCGAUUCGGCUGAGCUACAGUUUUUAAUUAGGUUCAACUUUCUGUAAAGUGUCCAACAACAGUGGCUACUGAAGAGCACAUCUGAGGGUGAAGCGUAGACAGUUGAGUUACUCCGUAACUACUGGCAUGUGUGUUUUGUGCGUCUGAGCGUGAGGAAUCGAAGGUUCUUAUCACAAAUGGGCUCUUAUUGUUUAGGGGCUAACUGUGUCAUUAGCAAAGCCCUCUAAGCUGGGCUAAUUAAACUCUGCAGAGAGAAUUAGCAUGAAAUUAAAGCCAUAGUAGAUCUUAGCAUGGCACUGUUUGGAACCUAGUUCCUAACCUAGUCCACAAAGGAGAGCUCAGCCAUACAUGCUAAUGUUGCUGGUAAUGUAUGUAAGCCAGUAUUUGCCGAAUAGCAUGGUGUUACUUUCGCCAUGCUAAUUUGUGCUGAGUCACUUUCAUGCAUUGUUAGCGAGGUCUACAUUAUAGACUGAAGCAUGGCUUAAAUGAAAAGUCAAGCUCGUCCAAUAGGAGAAGAGCUUUGGAAAGUUAUCAGACUCAACUCCCGCUUUGUGGGGAUAAAGUCCUCUUAAGUUUGUUUUGAGAUGUUGGAAGGUGGAUUGAUGUGGGUUGGAAAGUGUUUUAGCUGCAGGUUGUGUGAACGAUGCGUCGAAACGGCACUUAUUUAUGGUUCGGAGUUUAUUUGUGGGUCUGAGUUGCUCGAAAAACUAAUUAUCACGACUGUGUCUUAUGUUUUCUUGGGACAAUCACAAAAACACCUCUCCCCUCUUUCUCACCCUCACCAUGUUCGAAUGAGUUACAUAUCGAGGUUUUGAGAUUAUAACAUUUUUUUAUUUUGAUUUUUUUUAACAUAUUUUUUCCAUCAAGGUUGUGGCAAUGUUUGCAAAUGUAUGUAUCAAUGUAUUUUUUGAAAGCAACCUUAAUCCUGUAAGUAUCUGUGGUGAUGGUUGUGAUGUCUAUUGUUAAUAUUUACUGCAGAAUGCACUGUUAUUUUGGGCAAAUGACUUAUGAUGACUCCAUUAAAAUGCAGAAGUCAGUA